CAUCUCUCAUAGUUCACUUUCAAAGUCAGCUGAAGGCAGAGGAAGAGCUAGAGAAAGCCCCUUUCAGAGCAUCUGUGACGUUUAUGGACUUGGCUUGCUAGAAUGCUCAAGAUGAUGGCAGCAAUGAAAAUCCAGCUGGUAUGCAUGAUACUUCUGGCUCUCAGCUCCUGGAGUCUGUGCUCAGAUUCAGAAGAGGAAAUGAAAGCAUUAGAAGCAGAUUUAUUGACCAAUAUGCAUACAUCAAAGACCAAUAAAGCAGGUGUUUCUUCUUGGAAAAUGACCCUUCUAAAUGUUUGCAGUUUUGUAAAUAACCUGAACAGCCAAGCUGAGGAAACAGGGGAGCUUCAAGAAGACGAGCUUAUUACAAGAAGGAAAUUUCCCACUGCCUUAGACGGCUUUAGCUUGGAAGCGAUGUUGACAAUAUACCAGCUCCAAAAAAUCUGCCACAGCAGGGCCUUUCAACACUGGGAGUUAAUUCAGGAGGAUGUUCUUGAUGCUGGAAAUGACAAAAAUGAAAAGGAAGAAGUUAUAAAGAGAAAAAUCCCUUACAUUCUGAAACGUCAGCUAUAUGAGAAUAAACCUAGAAGACCCUACAUACUCAAAAGAGGUUCUUACUACUACUGAGACGAUAAAUAUUUUAUUUAUAUGUGAUUGUGAUUUAUAAUCCUUCACUUAAAUAUCAAGUUAUACUUGUGUGGUAAUGUGACAGUACACAAUAUUGUGUCUCUUCUUACAAUCGUGGUUUAUUGGAUGUGAUUUUUCUGCAUUAAUAUAAAUUGGACUAAAUGUUUUAAAAUAAAUCUAGAUCUUGAGCAUGA